CUUCUUUCACGUCUUGAUGGGAGGGGGCUUGGAUGCGGUUGUGGGAUUGAUUGUUAUGGUGCUGUUGAGGGGGAUGUGUGGAUAGCGGAGCAGUUGGGUAGGCGGGCGUCUACACACAACACAAUGACGGUCGUCAACGCGCCAAUCGCUAGUUGGUUGUUUCCUACUUGUUUAUCCUCAGCCCUCGGUUCACAGGGAGGCCAAUGGGCUCGCGAAGCGGGAUCCCGCCUCCAAUUACCCGGUCGCGUCAUCUUCACGCCCUUCCACGUGCCGCCUAGUCAGCCUUGCGAGGGGGUUGACCAGCAGAAUCCUGACUCUGAAUGCACAUGGACGAGGUACAUGAUCUCAAAUCGCUGCUUGUAGAGUUCAAAUACUAGACUGCUAAGUUGAGGUUCUCCAUCUCAAAUAUGCACCUCAUGCGAGUUCAAACCGUAUAUAAACCAUUCACCAUUGUCCUAUAAACCACUUCAAUCCACCUCUCGUCCAAAACUUUCACAACAUACAUAUAUACAUACAUGACUCAAUUACACAUCCACACUACCUUCCUCAUAGUCUCUAACCCCCCAUAACACCCCCACAUACAAUCUCCCAACCGAACCCGCCAAGUCCUCACUCCGUCCACCACAACGCCUCCCCU